AAGAAGCAAAAUGUGCAAUUCAACUGAUGAUGCUGGAGAUGACGAAGAAUUCUUGCCGAUCUUUCUGGUACUUAACAUCCUCUUCUUAAUCAUUGGAAUAUUGGGAAAUAUGGCGGUCAUUAUUUAUAACAUAUAUCUGAACCAAGACAAAACUUCAAGCAGCUGGUUGGUUACGAACCUUGCAAUUGCUGAUCUUUUGGUCUGUUUAUCACUUUAUCCAAGAAAAAUCGCCGAGUUCUUUCUGCUUGAUAAAGACGACGCUAUCAAAAAUUUGAAGAUAGGUAAUUCAACAACAUAUGUUUCGCUUCUUCUCUCCACAAUGUUUCUGCUGUUCAUUACCGUUGAUAGAUACGUGUUCAUUGCAAAGCCUCUGAGAUACCCAUUGAUCGUAACAUCAGGACGAAUUAAGGUAGCUAUCCGCUGUAUUUGGCUGGUUGCAGCGUUCUUGCUUUUAGUUUUUGUUUCUGUAUACGUGACGGUCGAGAAAUCUGAACAAAAAUUACCCAAGUUGCUUCACACAUUUCUAUUGCCAACUCCCAUUGCUAUCAUUGCAUUUCUAAACUGCAAGAUAUUGAAGAUCGUUCGAGAACAGCGACAACGAAUGGCUUCAGAAACUGGACUACAGUCUGAGGAAGUAAAGUUGGAAGACAUUCAGCCGGCCGGACCAACACAGAGUAGUGAUGAACAACAAAGACCAGCACAAGAACGCGAAGAAAAAUCAAACUCCGAACAUACGGAGCGAUCGAGCGAUCAAUACAUAGGCUGGUUACAUCACAUCGUAAAAGAAUUGAAAGCAGUAAAGACAUUUGCCAUUAUCUUCGCUAUUCUGACAUGUUACAUAGAAGAUACAGGAAGGCUUUUCUGA